AUGGCGUCCCUUGUGAUAUCUGAUAAGAUCUCGCGGGCAAUCUCCAUCAUCUUGUCAGUUCAGAUCCUGACCGAGAUCCCCACAACAAGGACCUGUUCCUUCCAGCUUCCUGGCCCAGCAGAAAGAACACAUUUCCUCUGGGACGCGAUCAAGAGGAUGUCCCUAUACAGUAGCUGUUGUACAAAGCGCAGAUUAGUCACAACGAGCGUUCCAGCUUUGAUUGAAAGAGCCUUUUUUUCUCAAUUGAAAGUGCCGAAAACGCGCCACAGCCACCACAAUUGCCAUAGCCACACAGAUUCUACCACCACUGAAGAAGCACAAGCCGCUUUAGCCACAGGGCAACGUGUCGACAAUUCUAUCAAGGACAUAGGCAAUGAUUCCAUCAGAGGCAUAUCUAGCAUAUGCGCUGUCGCACAACAGGCAGCUCUGGAUGCACACAGGGCAGAACCUCAGGACCCCGAUAGGCAUACAAUGUUCACCCUUGAGAUGUUCGAGAAUGUUGCCAUUGUCCUGCACUCUCGAGCAACACGACUAUUCUUCAAUCGUGCACUUGACUCACGAUACGACUACGACUUUUAA